AUGUUGUUACGUUUAUGGCAGAAUUUACAGUUAUUUGAAGAUACACUUGCGGAUAAUAAUACAUAUAGAAUGUAUUCGAAUAUUCUUACAGAAGGGCAUACUUUUACAAUGAUUCCACCAGAUGAUAAUUUCAAUACUGAUCAAGCUAUACUUGAUAUUGAUCAAAUACGAAUAUUACCUAUGUCACAUAAAUAUAGUCCAUCACGUAUACAUGCUGGUUUACUUAUAUAUUCUGUUGAUGGUCAAACUGAUUUUAUUUUAAAUGAUAUACAAUUACGUAUUAAAACAGGUGAUAUACUUAUACAUCAAAUUCCUAAUGCACUUGCUGGACAAGAAGAUGUUUAUCGUGAUUUAAUACGAACAUUAUUUGGUACACAUCGUAUUAAUCUUGUUGGUCUUGUAUUUACAUUUACUGGUUAUGGAAAAUUUACUGAUUGUAUGAAAUGGACACCAUCAUCAGGUGAUCAUACAGGACCUCUACAUCCAACUGAACAAAAAUUACUUGAAAUUGUACUUGUUUCACAUUAUAUGAAUAAUGCAUGGUUAGUCAUGCAAGUCGCAUCACAUAUGGAUGUUGAAACAUUAUCUCAAACAGCUAAAAAACAAUAUCUUCUUAAAUUAGGUGAAAUUGAACAAUUAUAUAAUAAACGACGACAAGAACGUGAACGUUCAUCAAUAUCAAAAUUAUUAAAAUUUAAUCAUCGUCAUUCAUCAGAUAAUAUGCGAUCAUUUGAAUGGACAACAUAUAGACAAGAAACAUUUGACGGAGCAAUACAACGUUUACUUGAUGAAUUUUAUAAUCUUAUUCUACAAGUAUUUCAAGAUAAUGAAUUUGAUCGUGAUCAUUAUGCAUAUUUUGAUGAUAAUACAAAACAAUUAUUUGGAGCUUUAGCUACACCUUAUGCACGAUUACCAAUACAACAAACAAUACCCGAUUAUACUUAUGCUCCACAACCGCCAUAUUUCUAA